AUAGUGACGUCAGGCGGAGCGCGGCGCUUCCGGCGCAGUCACGUGUGUGAAGUAAACAGUCUGGUGUGCAGCGUGUCCUUCCGCAGCUGCUGCCCGGAGUGCCCGUCUCUCCCCGCCUGCUCCAUGCAUGGUGGUGCCCGAGGAAGCGGGCGAUGCUCCGGCUGCCCCGGGGUUGGUGCUACUACUGGAGGCAGGGGGGGAGGAUGAUGACGACGACGAGCCGCUGCUGCUGAUGACGACCUCGGUGAUGAUCCCAUUCACGCCCUCGGCGGCGAGUGCGGAGCAGACCGUGCUGCAGACUUUCUUCUCCCACCUCGGGCACUUCUCCUAUGACAAGGCUAAGGACCACGUGGAGCGGGAGAAAGAAGCCAACAAGAAUGCCGGGGCAUCAUGGUCAUCCAUGCUGGCGGCGCUGGCUCACCUGGCAGCGGCGGAGAAGGCGUACCACAGCAUGAGCUUCCUGGGGCAGAAGCCGGGUGGCCAGUCAUUCUUUAGCAGGAAAGAUUCCAUCAGGACAAAUUACACCUCACUGUACAAUGAACUCAAGAAAGUUGUAACUACAGGCAGGAAUGCCAUUGGUGGGACUGCCCCUCAUUUGGAAGAACUGCUUUCACAUCUCUCGGAGCAGCUGUGCUUUUUUGUCCAAGCUCGCAUGGAAAUUGCAGAUUUCUAUGAAAAAAUGUACACACUGAGCAGCCAAAAAUUCAUAAACUCUGAAGAGCUCAUUAAUAUAUUGGAAGCUAUUUUAAAGAAGUACAACUCCAGGUUUCAUCAUCCUAUAUUGUCUCCUCUAGAGAAUGGCUUCCAGCUUGAAGUGGAUGUUCUUGCCCAUCUUUUAAAGGCUCAGUGUCUGAUCUUUGAAUGGAAGUAUCUGCUGUCCCUUGUAAAUUUGCACAAUGCUCACACUAAACUACAGACUUGGGGUCAGAUAUUUGAGAAACAAAAGGAGACCAAGAAACACUUGUUUGGAGGGCAGUCCCAAAAGGCAGUGCAGCCUCCCCAUCUCUUCUUAUGGCUCAUGAAAUUCAAAAAUAUCCUGCUUGCCAAGUUCAGCUUUUACUUCCACGAAGCUUUAAGUCGUCAGAGCUCCGAGAUGAAGACCCUCACUGCGAAGACUAAUCCUGAUUACUUUGGAAAAAUCUCCAGCUUCAUCAGAAAAUAUGAUGCCGUCAAUGUGUCCUUAAUAUUUGAUAACCGGGGUUCAGAAAGCUUUCAGGGUCAUGGGUACCACCAUCCAGAUUCUUACAGAGAAGCCCCCAAAGGAGUGGACCAAUACCCUGCCAUAGUGUCACUACCCAGUGACAGACCUGUUAUGCACUGGCCCAAUGUCAUUUUGCUAAUGACUGACAAGAGUGCGGACCUCAACACCUUAGAGAAAGUUGUUCACUUCUAUGAUGACAAAGUUCAGAGAACAUAUUUUCUAACACGUCCUGAGCCACAUUUUACUAUUGUGGUUAUUUUUGAGUCCAAAAAGUCAGAACGAGAUUCCCACUUUAUAUCCUUUCUCAAUGAGCUUUCUCAUUCUCUUAAGAGUUCAAGAGUAUUUGCAAGUUUAAAGCCAGGCUCAAAAGGAUAAAAGGUAUAAAUAAGGUAACCUUCAGGGAAUGGCCAAGUAGAUUAUUCUUUGUCUAUUCAAAAGUAAAUUAUACAGUAAAUAGAAUAUCUAAAUUCCAUAUUACACCACAUCCUGGAUGUUAGCAAAUUACACGAGGGGUUCUUUCUUUUCUUUAAUUCUGACUAUUGGAGGAAUGUCAUUGUUACAGUUUUGCGUAUAUAUUUGGCUGCCGUUUGCAAAACGGCAGUAUUAUUAAAGGCUUGUGUAUUACCAUUUUCAAAAUAAGUAGAAAAAUAGUUGAUAAACUGCAGUUAUGCAAGACUGCAAACUCUUCCACCACCCCCUCCCCCCAAAUCACUCUUCAGCUAUUGAUGAGUCCCUUUUCUUUUGAAGUAGGCUCCUAAGCUCAACAUAGCUGUGAAAUGCAAUAUUUCCUUCAAAGAAACUUCUAGCACAUUCAGUCAUUUCUGGCAGUGUUAAGAUCACUUGCAUAAUUCUGCAGUAUGAUAUUGAAUUUGUUUUUCAUGCGUGUACGAUCAUCUUGUGUGAUGUCUAUAUUUUUCCCAUGAGAAUGGUGAUGGUUUUGCAUUGCUCAUGGAAAUGUCACUUAAACGGGGCAAGUUGCCUUCUCACAGGGCCGAUUUGCUCCCCUAUUCGCUGAAAAGUGCUUGUACCCUAUUGGGUAGCGAACAAUUGAGCGCAAUUCUGCUGCUGCACGUUGCAGUGGAUUUUGUGGUAAUUUGGUUGGCCGAGAUACUCGCCAACAAUUUAAUCUCGCCUAUAUCUGUGUUAGUCACAUAUGAAAAUAUCAUAAGUUACUGCUAUUGUGGGAAAAUCGCAGUAACUUGGUUGCCGUAGGUCAGGGGUGGCCAGACUUUUGGAGUUGGUGAUCUACUUUGAAAGCUGCAUAGCUUUCGUGAUCUACCUAGGUGGGACAAUAGCGUGUGACACAGGCGCGUGCCUAGAUAAGGGGUGUGACCUCCUCGUUGCACAGGGUGUAGGGGGACUGUCUCACCCAAAAUCACAACUUGGCCCCCACAGGUGGUAACCUCAAACACAGGAGUAAAAACACAUUGGCCCCCACACGGGAGUGAAAACGCAUUGGCCCCCACACGGGAGUGAAAACGCAUUGGCCCCCACACGGGAGUGAAAACGCACUGUCCCCCCACACGGGAGUGAAAACGCACUGUCCCCCCACACGGGAGUGAAAACUCACUGUCCCCCCACACGGGAGUGAAAACUCACUGUCCCCCCACACGGGAGUGAAAACGCACUGUCCCCCCCACACGGGAGUGAAAACUCAUUGUCCCCCCACACAAUAGUACAAAUACACUGUUCCAUACAAGUAAAAAAAAAAAAUUGUCCCUCACAAACAAAAAAAAACAAAAAAAUAUAUACAGGUUGAGUGUCCCUUAUCCAAGAUUCUAAAUCCCACAUUUUUAGAUCCCCUACUGAGAUAAUGAUAUAUGUAUUAUAUAUAUUAUCUUUAAAUAUAUAUAUUUAUAAAUAAUAUAUAUAAUAUUUAUGUCAUUAUCUCAGUAGGGGACCCACAAAUUUGGGAUUUUUAAUUCUGGAUAAGGGAUACUCAACCUGUAUUAAUUUGUCUCAGCCCCAGCUCUUCCUCCCUCCCCCUUCUCCAUAUAACACUUCAGUAACAAUACUACUUACCGAGCAGGCAUCCAGGCGGAACAGUAGCUCCCCAUGACAGCACGCCACGACAGGCAGGCCAGGCAGUCGAAGGAAGAGAAGCAGCAGCGAUGGUCUCACAGCGAGCUGGUGACAUCAUGAUGUCACCGGUGCGCUGCACUACGGGGAGCUGUUUAGUUAAGUUGGUCGCGAUCUACCGGCAGAUGCUCUGCAAGCUACCGGUAGAUCGCGAUCUACCUUUUGGCCACCCCUGCCGUAGGUUAACCAAAUUAUCACUGUGUGGAGACUUAAACAGAAAAAAUAGGUACUACCUCAACCGCGGUUGAGGUAGUACUUAUUUUUUCUGUUUAUGUCUAUAUUGCAGGGUGUUGAGUGACACCCAGGGUCUACACAACUGCAGCCGCCUAGAGCGCAGUGGUCUACUAUCUGUUGAUUUACUGUGUGGAGACUUCAUGUCUGAGUGUUGCAGCAAUUCAGCAAUCACUGAUCAAUGACUGAUAUUUUAUGGUGUUACUAGUUUCCAUGUUAUGGGACACUGUAAAGUCGUAUUGUAUUUUGAUUAUUCAAAUUCAGUUGCCUUUACUAAGACCACAAGUUGGCAUGUGGUGUAGGUGUUGGACAUUAGCACAAUCUGUAUCCCAUAAUAACUGUUUGUUUUUUUGUUUGUUUGUUGAGCCUGUUCAAUUUGUAUUUUUAGUUAAAAAAUUUUGUAUUGUGCUGCAACCGAUGCAAUAGCAGCAUAGUUUCUGCUUGCGACUUCUACUUAGCUGCUGUUGCAGGACAGGGAACGUCUCGGCCCCAACAUUUCUGUUUUUAUGUUUCUUAACACUCACUAGAACGUGUCCGGGAACGGUGAGUUUUGGUCUCAGAUUUGUUUUUAAAUAAAGUGGGAGUUUUUCAACAGAUAGAAAUAUUUUUCCAUGCUAAACUGGAAGCAGUUGUAACAUUACAGUUCCAAUAAUGCAAGGUAUUAAAAUGUUUUCUGGAUCUGAACUUUUUUUACGGUUUCCUAUUGCUCUUGUUAAAAAAAAAUAAAAAAAUAAAAAUAUUGCUGCAAUAUAGUGAACAUCCUGUUUUUGGUAAGAUGGGAAUAAAUAACUGCACUAAUGGCUGGGUAUUUAAAGUAAAAUAUGCUGCUGAAUUAAAACCAAACUGCAAAUCUC